AAAGGCGACUUUCCUCAGUUACUCAAGAGCCAGAAACUCAUCUGAGAUACUUAUGAAGGCCAUGAGAAAAGAUGUGGAGUAGGUGGGUAACGGAAAUACCUCUGCACCAAUCAGAACGCAGGAUCUCAUUACUGACUGUCCAGUCUGCCAAUCAGAGGAGACCAUACCUCUCCGUGGGCCAGAGCUGGGAUAAUGUUCUUCACAGCUGUUUUUUUUCCUCUCUUUCUGAAGUCAUGGCAGGAUUCAGGCAGGAUUAAACUUCCAGUUUGCUGAACGCUGAAUAAAUCCGGAACUUUUACCGCUGAGACCUGCGUGCACAGCCCCGUCUGGUGAGGUAAUGUCUCUGAAAUGUUCAAAUGCCAUUCCCAGUUGCAGCGGGCUGUAGCCCCAGGCUGCUCCGGGUUUGCUUUUUAAGCUUUGUCCCAGUUGAAACAGUUUACUGGGGGACCAUGAGGACGCUCCGUUCCGAAGUCUCUGCACGGUUCGGCUUGAACGAGACCAAGAAUUUUCAACUGUCCGCAACCGGACUGUGAGGAAGCGUGAGGUCCGAUAGUGACCCAGUCCGGGCGGCCAGACCUCAGUAGAACUUGCCGGGAUUAGUGUGGAAGAAGACCGAAAACAAAGGAAACUUUUGUUCUUCUUUCAUUCCCCUCCGCUGGGAAUAAACACAGGAGUUUGGAGAAAGUUCAAAAAGUUUUGACGCGCGCGUGCGUUCCCUUUGAUGUGAGCGCCGACAGGUUCUUCUGAUCCAGGUGGUUCCAGGUGUGAGGAUGGUGGAGAGCCGGAGCUGCGUCCAGAGAGAGGGGGUGUACCGCUGGUUCUCCACCCUCACCUCCGCCCAGAGAGCGGAGUUCCUCUGCGGCCUGCUGGACCUCUGCGUCCCCAUCGAGCUGCGCUUCCUCGGCUCCUGCCUGGAGGACCUGGCCCGCAAGGACUACCACUCCCUGCGGGAUGCGGAGAUCAAAGCCAACAACCCCGCGGACCUCUCGGGACUCACCAACGUCACGGACGAGGUGGUCCGCAGCAAGCUGCUGGUGUCGCUGGCGCUACUGGGCACGGACAACCGGGAGGCCGCGGGGGUCCUGUACCGGACCCUGACCCACAUCGACACGGUGAUCAACAACUACGGGCUGGCGCUGAAUGACGGCAGGACGGAGGAGCAGUUCCUGCUGCUGUUCACCAUGGCCUCCAACCACCCGGCCUUCAACUUCCACCAGAAACAGGUGCUGAGGCAUCAGCUGGGCCACAUCCAGGACAUCCUGCAGGCUAGCAGAGGAGGAGGAGAAGCUGCAGCAGAAGCUGGCAGUGAUGGAGCUGCUGGUUGCUAUGGCGCUCAACCUCAUCACCACCACCACCAUCAGGCCGCCGCCGUGCCUCAGGCCUCCCUGCCCAACACCAGCACCUCCUACCUGCCAACCUGCUACUGGCACAAGAACCAGAGCAGAGAGGCGUCGACGGGGUCAGGAAAUGAAGAGCCAGCGGUCCACCAGGAGCUGCCGACUCCUCGCCCAGAGCGCCGCUCUCCUCCGCCGCCCCUGCAGGUCCAGGAUGCAACCAGGAGCCGCCAGGAGAAAGCAGCGAAAGCUGUGAUUGAGCGGGUGGUGCUCAGAAGAGCGAUCCACAAGCCAGAGAACAGCAGCGAAUAUGUGUUUGAGGUGGGCUGGUCCGACGGUUUCACAUCAUCUAUGGUCAGACCUCAGCAGGAAGUGGCAGAGCUGAUAUCUCAGCUCUCUCAGGUGUUUCCUGACGAUGGACUGGAGAAGUUCCUCCCUCAGUCCGUAGAGAUCGACGCCAGGUGUCUGGCUGCGCUGCCCAGCCCCGUCCUGCAGCAUCACUCCGUCCAGCUGUUCUUCAACUCCAGCCGACCUCUGACCCCCAGCUGCCCCGUGUCUCCUCCCUCCACCAGGUUACCCCCCGCUUUCCCCACCUGCUCAACCUCCAACACCGGCUGUAUGGUGCAGUACAGAGGAGCUAACAGGGCGGUGUACCGGGUGGCCAGCGUCCAGCCCGUGGUCAGCACCCACAGCUCGGUUCUGACCCGCUCCCCGCCUCACCUGUCCUCCCUCCUGUCUCCCCCCACGCCGCUGCCUCCCUCCAUGCACCACCUCCACCCUCCGCCCAGCACGCAGUCGCUGCACCUGUCCCACUCCCCCUCCCUGCCCCGCUCCCCGUCCCAUCCGGCCCAGUUAACGCAGAAUCAACCCAACACGCCGGAGCAGAACGGCAUCCUGGACUGGCUGCGUAAACUCCGGCUCCAUAAGUACUACCCAGUCUUCAAACAGCUCACCAUGGAGGAGUUUUUAGCGCUGACGGAGGAAGACCUCAACAAGUACGACUUGACCCAGGGAGCGAAGAAGAAACUCAAGACUCAGCUGGAGCUUCAAAAGUCAGCAGACAGGGAGAUGAAGACUGAGAAGCGACCCUGCAGCGGCAUCGCCAGGGUGACACCGUCCAGCCACAUGGGAAUCUCAGUGCACCCCACCUCCACCACAGGAGAGCUGCGAGUGGAGGUGGACGGAGUGCCGCAUCUUCCUCCUCCUCCUCCUCCUCCUCAUCUGAUGUCCACAGACAGCAGCUCCUCCUGGAUGUCGCUCUGCUGUGACUCAGCCUUCGACAGGAGCAGAGACGCUGUGGGCCGUCCGAACGCCGCCAGCGGUGCGGAGAAGGAGCGCUUCCUGCUGAGCUCUGCCGGUCCGGCCCGUCCCACAGCUCAGGUUCUUCCGGUUCAGACCGACCCGGCGCCCCUCCACCCCCCGUCCUGCUCCUCCCACCUCCCCUUCAGCGCCCUGCAGACCGCUUUCCUGCCGCAGCCCAGCUUCCCGACACGCGUCCUGUCCUCCCCCAGGAAGCCACGCCCCUCGCCGCUGGGCGCAGACGACCGGGUGAAGCCGCUGGGCGCCGUGGCGGCCGGAGCCGGGUUCAGCCUGGGGCCCGGGGUUGGCGUGGCGGCGCGGCUGGAGAGCCAGUUCUCUGGGCUCGCCGUGGCGGACGGCGGCCCUCAGGAGGCCGCGGCGUGCCGCACGCAGCCCGGCGGCGCUGUGGGUCUGAUGGUGGAAACAAGCUCCGCCCUCACCUCCACCUCCAACAGCCUCCACCACGUCUCCCAGCCCCCGCUCCUCUUCCACCUGUCGUCCUCCCCGGCCGGGUACCACAUCUACCCCCCCGCCGCCUCCGCCCCGCCCGCCAACGCCGCUGGAAACCAGUACUACCAUUCUACCUCCAGCCCCGCCCUGUCCACAUCCUCCCCGCCCUCCUCCAAUCACAACGCCUCCGUGUGCGUCUGCAGCUCCUGCGGUUGCCGCGGUAACUGCAGCCCGUACGCGGCGUUGCCUGGAUACGCCUCCGCCGGCUACCUGCAGCCAUCUUUGUUCACGCUGGGGCCGCUGCUCCACCUCAGCCCGCUCAUCGCCUCGUCCAGCGCCGCCGCCCCGCCCUUCUCCUACCCCUUGAUGGCCCCGCCUCCGCUCUACCGCCAGAGCUCCACGUCACAUGACCUGCAGCAGGGCUUCGGGUUCUACCAGCCGCACUGCAUUCUGGGAAACGGAGGCCAGAAGCGUGCGGCAGGAAACAUGUCGUGCUACAACUGCGGCGGCGGCGGACAUCGAGCCGAGGACUGCAAGCAGCCGGCGAUGGACUCAGCGCAGCAGGGAACGUUUCGGCUGAAGUUCACUCCUUACUCUCAGAAUAAAGACUCAGGAGAAUAAACCACGGAGAGGCGGUGACCUUUGAACUGCUGGGAACUUUUUCACCUGAAAUCAAAUCAGCAAGUCGGCGAAACGCUGAUGGAGAAACGGUUUAACUUUCCAUCAGAGCGGAGCUUCAGACUCAGUAACUACAGGAAGAGCUUCAGCUUCCUCACCACAAAGUGUUUAGAGUUUAGACCAAACUUUGGGUUUUCACUUUUCAGACUCUGUCAUUUCAGUGUUAUCCUUCAUUUUAACGCUCGCCGUUGUGCUGCAGUCACGUUUCAGUCGGCUGAAUUCCACAUGAACAAUCAUUAUAUUCAAAAGGAGAUUUUAAAACAGGGUGAAACUUUUCUCUUUUUCCAGUGCCGGCCCAAACCGACGAGGCGUUCAGGUGACUUCAGAACUGCCAAUCAUUUCUCAAGCAGCAGCUGAGUGAACGUUGUCGUCGUUUAUGUCGCCUCUGCAGCGUUUCUACCUCAGAUCUGAGCUGAAGGCAGAAUUAUGUGAAGUUUACAUCGAAACUUUUAAAAAACGCGACUUCCGCCCCCUCCUCCUUCAGAUUAAAGAUAAUUACUGUCAAUCGUCUUUGCAGCAAAUCUUUUUGUACCGCUAUCGUUUUAAAUGUAUUAAAAAAUGUAUGCUGCGCAAAAGCAGUGCAGCUGAUUGACAUUUGAUUAUCUCUAAUUAGUAGAUUUAAAACAAAAUAAACUGCAGCACAAACCUGCACAGAUUAAUUUAGAUCAAAUUUGUUAGAUUUUGUUCGUUUUGAUUGGAUGAACAAACUUUUUUGCUGCACAAAACUAGUGCUGUUGACCGACACCAUGUUUGUUAGACUUUGUAAACAUGUGUGUUGUAGUUGACCUUUGAUGACCUCUCCAGGCAUUUAUUGAUAUCUUUGAAAUGAUUGUGGCACAAAUUAAAAUUUUGCAGCACAAAUCUCUGGGAAACUUUUGCAACAUGCUUGAUUGACGCUACAUUUUGUUUGAUUUUGUAAAAAUGUGGGGCCUGGUUGACCUUUGAUGACCUCUGAAAACAUUUGUUAUCUUUAAAGUGAUAGCGGCACAAUCACAUUUUUUGCAGCACAAAUGUUUGACACCAAUUGGGUUUAAAGUGAAGGAGGUUUGUGAGGCCAACUUCACUCCAGUCCCACUUUCUCCGUGUUUGGUUCGUUUGUUCUGCUUUUUGUUGCUCCUGCAGACUAGCGGCUGCCCUCUUUGGUAGCACGGCGACGUGUUCAGGAAGUAUCGGUGUGUGUGUUUGGGUCUGAGGUGUGUGUGAUUCUGGGCUGGACCCAGAUCAGCUGUGCUCCCCUGGAGGGAGAGCAUAAAGCAAGAAGGGGAUUUAAUUUAAAAUGCUAAACGUCUGAUUAAGUUCUGCUGAAAAUAAAUAAAAAGGUGAGUUUGUGUUUUGAGGCUCAGAUGAUUGUAUAGAAAUGUUCUGGGUUGUUUUAUUAUUUUGGGGGAAUCUCUAGUUCAACUUUUAUAGUGUUUGCUCCUGUUGGAUUUGUUUUUUUGUUUUUUAUUCCAGUGGCAUCUGAUGUUUAAAAUGUUUUGUUUGCAAAUGUUUCAGCAGUUUGUCUGGAGUUCAGGUUUUAUAUUGUCUGAUGUUUGAUAGUUUUUCCUUCAGAUUUAAGGCUCAUUAUGUGUCUUUAUUAACAUUGUAAUAUAAAGACUUUAGUGGCUUCAUUAUUUACAUCCCUACAGUUAAAACUUUGAAUAACUGCCUUUACUUUCACAUUCGACGGGAUUCUUCAUCAUCCGGAGUCGCGGUUCCUCUUUUAUGAAUCUGUGAUCCGAAACUGGGCUGCACAGUGGUGCAGUUGGUAGAGCUGUUGCCUUGCAGCAAGAAGGUCGUGGGUUCGAUUCCCGGCCCGGGGUCUUUCUGCAUGGAGUUUGCAUGUUCUCCCUGUGCAUGGUGGGUUCUCUCCGGGUUCUCCGGCUUCCUCCCACAGUCCAAAAACAUGACUGUCAGGUUAACUGGUCUCUCUAAAUUCUCCCUAGGUGUGAGUGUGCGUGUGAAUGGUUGUGUGUCUUGUAUGUCUCUGUUGCCCUGCGACAGACUGGCGACCUGUCCUGGGUGACCCCGCCUCUCGCCUGGAAGGUAGCUGGAGAGAAACCAGCAACCCUCCUGACCCCAUUAGGGACGAAGGGUGAACAGACGGAUGGAUGUAUGGAUGGAUGGAUGGGAUCAGAAACUGAUUUUAUCCAACUUUUCCAGAAAACAAUACAAAAGAACUCAAGAAGUUAUUUUAAUUCACUAUCAUGUGACAUUUGUUUGUUUGAUAUCUUGUAUUAAGUGUAUUAAAGUCACUGUAGAUAGAAAAACCAGAGGAGUAAAUUUCCACUGAAAAAUCUCAAAUUUUCUAGAAAGAAAACUUGGGACUUUCUUAGUUUCAAAAGUCAAACAUUUUCAACUUUUGAAGCUGAGAAAGUUUCCAUAAGUCAAACAUUUUCCAUAUUUCUUCUAGAAAAUACCUGAGAUUAAUGUAAAAAAUCUGAGGCUUUGCAGACAAAUUUCUGAGAUUAAUUUCUGAUUAAUUUCAGAAAUCAAUUUCUGACAAAUUGAAAUAUGUUUAGAUCCGUUUUAUACAAAAUAAAAUUAACAAAAUAUCAAUUUUAAUUUUAUCAAGUUUUCUUCCAUAAAGCAAACAGAAAUAAUUUUCAUAACUAACUGACUGGGGGGGAAAAAAAGAUAGAUAUU